AUGACAACAUACAGGGAUUUUAGGCUCACAGACAUCUUGAGCUUCAACUUUGUCAACCUUGAUCAGUUGACCGAGACGUACAGUACCUCAUUCUACGGUGAGUACGGAACACACUGGCCAGAGUACCAACGCAUCUGUAUUCACCCAACUACUGGUAUUCCUAUGGCGUACACACUUGGAAAGGCUGAAGGGAAGGGAGAGAAUUUUCACGGGCACGUUUCUGCCGUUACAGUGGCACCAACGUUUCGUCGCCUUGGACUGGGAGAGGCACUUAUGAAGGAGCUGGAAGCCACCACGGCACAGGUUCACAACGCCUAUUUUGUAGACUUGUUUGUGCGACAGAGCAACAAGGUUGCACAGGAUAUGUACCACAAACUGGGAUACAUUGUGUACCGACGCGUACUGGGCUAUUACCAGGGUGAGGGUUCCAAAGGCAAUUUUAAAGAUGCUGAGGAUGCGUUGGAUAUGCGCAAGGCUAUGCCCCGGGACAGAGAGAGGGGCAAGAGCAGUGUUAUUCCUCUUUCAGCACCCAUAAGGCCUGAUGAAUUGGAGUGGAACUGA